AUGGCGCUCUUGCACGCUGCCAACCUGCUCUUGUCAUCGCGAUCGCAGUUGCCUGUUGAGGCGUUCUACGUACAGGCGAUUGACAACAUGAACCUGAUUGCAGACUACGACGCAUGGCGCGCACAGUACCCGGGUGCCUUUUCGUUCUGCCAGUACCCGUUCCUGCUCAGCCUCAGAGCCAAGGUGCAGAUCAUGCAGGUUGAUGCUGCUCGCCAGAUGCAGACAAAGGUCAAGGAGGCCGUGAUUUCAGGCCCUCUUCCAGCAAACCAGCCGCAUCUGAAGCUGCUGGUCCGCCGCAAAUGCCUUGUCGAGGAUUCCUUGCACCAGCUCGCGUCGCACGAACAGGACCUGAAGAAGCGCUUGAAGAUUGAGUUUGUUGGCGAAGAAGGCAUAGACGCUGGUGGCCUCGCCAAGGAGUGGUUCAUGCUGCUGGUUCGUGAGCUCAUGAACCCAAUGUACGGAAUGUUUAGGCGUGAGUCGGACGACUCCAGCCUGGCCUCGGAGGAGAACACCGAGUGGGGCGGCGCAUACUGGUUCAACCCAGCGUCGCUUGAGACAUCCAACCAGUACUUCCUUGUGGGCAUUGUAGUUGGGCUGGCACUCUACAACUCGACCAUUCUCGAUCUGAACCUGCCACUGGCUGUGUUCAAGAAGCUACUGCGCACCAAAUUCUACGCAAACCCAACUGCCACGUCUUCCAUGCUGGCUGACGUCGCCGAAUUCAGACCGCAGUUUGCCCGUGGUCUGCGCCAGCUCCUUGCAUACCGCGGCCAAGACGUCGAGGAUGUGUUUUGCCUGACAUUCGAGGCAACAUACAACGCCUACGGCGACGUCAUCACUGUGCCGCUAGUCCCUAACGGCUCCAACAUCCCUGUUACUAGCUCCAACCGGGUCGAGUACGUGAUGCGCUAUCUGCAGUGGAUCUUGAACGACUCGAUUGCUAAACAGUUCGAGCCCUUCAAGCGUGGCUUCUUCUAUGUGUGUGGAGGCAAUGCCCUGUCGCUGUUCAAGCCCGAAGAGGUUGAGCUGAUGGUGCAUGGGUCCGAUACUGACUGGGAUCCAAGGAUUCUGCAGAAGAUCACAGAGUACGCCGGAUUCGGCGACUACGAAGAGAUGCUGACUUCCUGGUUCUGGGAAAUUCUGAAUGACAUGGCGCCAAAGGAGAGGCGUGCUUUCCUGGCAUUCCUGAAACUAGUGCUGCUUGGUGAUGACUUCCGCCGGCUGCCGGUUGCCCACACGUGUUUCAACCAGCUGGGCAUUUGGUGUUAUCGGUCCAAGGAUGAGUUCCGUGACAAGCUUGCCAUGGCCCUGACCGAAAGCGAAGGGUUUGGGCUGCAGUAA